UUGGACGAUCAGUUGGUCGAUCAGUUGGUCGAUCAGUUGGACGAUCAGUUGGACGAUCAGUUGGUCGAUCAGUUGGUCGACCAGUUGGACGAUCAGUUGGUCGAUCAGUUGGUCGAUCAGUUGGACGAUCAGUUGGACGAUCAGUUGGUCGACCAGUUGGACGAUCAGUUGGUCGAUCAGUUGGUCGACCAGUUGGACGAUCAGUUGUUCGACCAGUUGGACGAUCAGUUGUUCGACCAGUUGGACGAUCAGUUGGUCGAUCAGUUGGACGAUCAGUUGGUCGACCAGUUGGACGAUCAGUUGGUCGAUCAGUUGGUCGACCAGUUGGACGAUCAGUUAGACGAUCAGUUGGUCGACCAGUUGGACGAUCAGUUGGUCGACCAGUUGGACGACCAGUUGGACGAUCAGUUGGACGAUCAGUUGGACGAUCAGUUGGACGAUCAGUUGGUCGACCAGUUGGACGAUCAGUUGGUCGACCAGUUGGACGAUCAGUUGGUCGAUCAGUUGGUCGACCAGUUGGACGAUCAGUUGGACGAUCAGUUGGUCGACCAGUUGGACGAUCAGUUGGACGAUCAGUUGUCGAUCAGGUGGUCGACCAGUUGGACGAAGAGUUAA